UUUAGUUCUCCCUACAGAAAUUAUUCUGCAUUUUGGUAUAUAAGUUUGACUACACGAGACUUGGCGCUUGGUGGGAUACACAGAUAAGCGAAGGCUUCUCUCCGUCCAAGGAGACAGAAAUCCACGAGCUAGAAGCGAAACAAGAGCUCACUUCCUCCAGGAAUUUUAGAAAUUUCCAACAUUUCCACCCAGUUUACAUCGAGAAAAAAAGAGCAGAAAACUGGACGUAAUUUGAAAAUUGUGGAGGAGCCUGAAAAACAGGAAAAGUGCGACAAGAACGAGAUCGAGCUUUGUUAAGGGGGAACUUCUGAGCAGACGGUGCCCUUUGACGGGAUGGAGGUCAACCAGAAAUUGGUGACACAACAGAAAAGUCUCGUCCCAACAACGGACAAAGUGGAGAAAGGGGAAAGUUCUCGAGAGCAUGGACGAUUUCCUCCUCACGCCCUCCAACCACUGCCAACAGCACGUGGCGAUAACCACGUGUCCUCGCCUUCAGCUAACAGCAGGUCAUCAAAAGUGAAGAAAUUCCCGCACACUGACACAAAGGGUAAGACGCCUGGUCGCCGCGGCGUGGAGAAAGUCUUCCCAUGCAAAAUAUGCCCACGACCCUUCGCCAACCGAACCAGUGCUCGCCUCCACGCCCGCACCCAUUUCAACCCCCAUGAGCUGAACCAGCCUUCAAUUUUCCACGGGAAGUGCCCCCACUGCGAGAAAGUGUUCUUCCAUCGUCGCGACUUUACCGACCACGUGGCUGCGCACGAAGGUCGGAAGAACCACGCCUGCCCCACCUGCAAAAAGGGCUUCACCCACAAAACAAAUAUGACCCGUCUUCUCUUCGUCCACCUGAGCCGCGAGGAGCGCGCGGAGGUGCGGCAGGGCUGGCGACACGGCUGCUACUUCUGCAGCAAACGGUUGAAAAGUCAUUCCCCCCUCCGUCGUCAUCUUCUGAGCCACCUCAGGGAAAAAGUGCUCUGGAGGUGCGACGUUUGUCGGAAAAUUCUCUCGUCCAAACCAGGCCUGACCAGACAUCGGUUCGCCCAUCUCUCCGAAGAUGAGAAGGUCACCCUCGUCAAGCAGGGUUCGGGGCGCGUGUGCCUAUUUUGCAGAAAGAAAUUCGCCGAUAACGGCGCCUACCACUUUCACCUGGUUUCCCACACGAAGGAGAAACGUUUCCGCUGCGACCAGUGUGGAAAGCUAUUCUUUUCGAAAACUGGUGUAAACAUACACGCGCGCCUUCACAGCGCGGACCCGCGACCCAUCAAGUGCCCCGAAUGCCCCAAGAAGUUCAGCAGGAAAUGUUUCAUGGAGGAACAUCUGAACGGUGUUCACCUCAAAAUCCGGCACCCCUGCCCCCACUGCGAGAAGACGUUCGCGCAGAAGUGCAAUCUUGGGACGCAUUUAAAGAAGUUUCAUCCCCCAAAAUAAAGUCUUUUCGUCCCAGACAACGUCACAAUGAGGGACGACAUACAUAUUUCCCAUGCUUUACAUUCUUAUAUUCUUAUGUUUUCUGUAUUUCCUUACUACAAAAUAAUUACUCUUAGUUUACGGAUAAAAAUGGUAUCAUUGAAUUGUUAAGUUGUAAACAUGACUCAAAGGUUGUUACCUUUA